AUGAGACUACUCAGAUAUUCGCAGACUUUAAAUGGUGGGAAAGUUAGUGGCAGCUGCUUGUCGGAUGAUAUUAUUAUCGCAGCUGGUUUGAGCACUAUCGUAUGUUUUGCAAGUCAGCAAUUGGUGAACUGUGCGUUGGGUAAGCAAGAUGCUAAACAAGUGGAGAAACUGUUCCAUAUGCAAGUCCCUGUCGCUUCAGAUGACCAAAUAUACGAUGUAGUGGCCACCAAUGAUCGUAUGUUUGUUGUACUGGAACGUUCGGUAUACUUAGCGGAUCAUUGGCGGGAAAAGCGCGACGCCAGCGUAUUUGUUAAGUUUUGCGAGUUCGAAGCACCUGCGUGUAUUACAGAUGUUAAGCUAGAUCCUUCUACAAGCUUGCUUUUUGUGCUGGUAAAUGUGAGCCCUGAGGAGAACUCAGUUACAUUGUGGGAUUCAAGAGCCGGCGAAAACCUGGGCCAAAUUGGAUUAGGCCAGUCUAAGCCUUUAACAGCUGUACUGGACCCCAAGUCGCAAAUAUUCACAGUUAUAUGUGCUGAUCGUAAUAUAUCAGUCUUUCAGUAUGACCACACUGGCAGCUACCGACUAAUACACAAGCUCAAUCACUACGUGCAAGUUGACCCACUGCGUUAUAAAAUCACUAUGUCGCCGCAAUCGGACAGACUGCCGAUUUUGAACUCUAUGAGCACUUCUGGCACCCCUGCCAUAUUGCUUCUCGAUCGUCAACAGCAAUUCAAGAUUGAGUCCACGCUUGUUGGGCAUUUCGACAAAUGCCAUAUCUUCAAGUAUUCUCCAAAAAUAUAUCGUAAGACUACGAAAUCGGGUGCCAAAAUAACUUAUAAUCUGGCUGCGUCCGCAGAUUUUGAAAGUGGCUCGGUGGUAAUCUGGAAUACGAAAAGGCUGAAGCCUUUACUUAAUACUAAAUGCGCACAGGACUCCUAUGUAACUGACCUUCAGUGGGGAUCUGAUGGAUUGUCCUUGAUCGUUUUUACAAGUAACGGUCAAAUGAUUAUAUUUGCAUUUCGACAGGAUGAACUGGGCGAGAUAAUCUCUGAUGCCGAACUUGAAAAGUUAAGAGCCGCCAUCAAUUUCCUGCCCCCUCUUCCGCCUGCUCAAAGCGCACUGGAACAAAUUACAGAAAAUGCCGAAAAGGUGCAGGUAGCUUCGGCUGGAAGUAAUGCAAAAGUGGGGAAGAAAAAAGUGGCCCCAACAACAUUGCAGAGCACUUCCAUGGAGUUCAAUAUGCCUUCCUAUAGCGUUCCUAAAGAUCUCAAAAGGAAGCCCAAAGACCCUUCCCAGCCAUCGAAUGGUAAGAAGCAAAAGCACGACUUGGAGCCGAUGGAUUUUUUAGACACAAGCUUGUUGAUGCCUGGUGUAUCUUUUUCUAAGAUGCGCUUAGCUACUCCCAAAAUCCGGCUUACAUUUUCAUACACUGCCAAUAUUAGUGACAAUAUGAUCUUGACUGUAAAGAAUGGGUCAGGAAAUGAACAGACGCCGAGUGUUAUUUCGCUCAAACAAACUGAAUUCGGACAUGAAAAGACGCUAUUCGAAGAGUUUUUGCCCAAACUCAUUACGAUGUGUACCUCUGGCAAAAGCUUUUGGAGCUGCUGUAGUGAAGAUGGUAUCAUAUACGUUUUUUCUGAUUUAGGAAAGAGGUUGUUACCCCCUUUGAUAAUGGGUGUGCCUUGUAGCUUCCUUGAAGGCUGUGGUGACUUCCUCUUGUGUGUGACGUCUACGGGUCAAAUGUAUUGUUGGAAUCUCGAAAAUUCAAAGCUGCAUUUUCCUCCAAGCUCAGUAUAUCCCCUUCUCAAUCCAAGCCUUCGAUUUUCGGACGAUGUGUUGACUCGUGCGGAGAAUAUCACUCUGUGUGCCAUUACAGCAAAUGGAGUUCCCAUUAUAACCUUGAGCAAUGGCGAUGGCUACAUGUUUGACAAAGAAAUGGAGACAUGGAUGUUGAUCAACGACACAUGGUGGGCAUAUGGGUCCCAAUAUUGGGAUAUGACCGAGACAACGACGAGUGGUGCAUACCUAAACGAAAGCAAUGGAAAACAUGAAAAGAAAGAUCAAUCUUGGAACUCAAGAGCUCAAGGAUUAACCGAAAAGUUGAAAGGAAAUAGAGCCAGCAUUCUUAAUUACCUUGAGAAGAAAACCAAUGAUGAACUUAAUAGAAAGGGGCGGGCUCGGAAUAUACAAAAAUUUGCGAAGACGAUAUUAAUGAAGGAAGGUUUUGAAAACCUGGAGGACAGCGUUACACUAUCUCAUUUGGAAAACAAGCUAUUAAUUCUUCUCAGACUCGGUGAAAAUGAAGAGUUUGUUAGUCUGAUUGUAAUUUAUUGCAUACGACUUAGCGAAAUGGGCUAUAAAGGUAGAUUAGAGACUGUGCUUCAGUGGCUUUACAAUGAUGGUGACUAUAAAAAUCUCAAGGUGGCCAACGUAAGCGCGGAAGAUCUAUUAAAGAAGAUCUUGGUAGCGUGCGCUGAGAUCCGGCUGGUCCAAAGAGUCACCACCAGCUAUGCUGCUGCCAUAGGUUUAAUAAAUGAUUCUCUAUAA